AUGGAUCGUAUGAAUAUUCGGACCAUACACAGUGCUACACAUAAUAGUCAUUUACAUUUACAUGAUCAACAAGUACAAAAUAGAGCAGCAGCUCUUUUAGCUGCUAGUGAGGAAGUUGAGGAUCUUAAUCAAUUUUCAAAUAACCGUGUAUUUGCACAUUUACACAGUAUCUCUAUUGAACAAGUUAAGAAAGAUUUUUAUGGUGAUAGAAUAGAAAUAAAAAAUCGAUUUGGUAUUAAAUCUUCACUUAAUCUGGAAAAAGCAUUAGAAAAAUGCAUGCAAGAAAUUAAUGAAGGUGUUAAUCCAGCAUUAGCAGCUGUUGUACAUGGUGUUCCGUUCAAACUAAUUCGUGACGUCGAAAACAAUCCCAAUAUAAAAGAAGUUAUGAAUGGCUUUCUUUGUGAUCUAUAUGAACGUUAUGAAAAUGAAAAAGAAAAUACUACACGAAGUGAUUCUAACAUCGAUUUUACAAAUGUAUGCUCAACUCAAAAUGUUUCACCUCAGUCAGCACUUAAUUCAAUGGAAAAUAGGAUAUCUAUUCCACAUUCAGAUGGUAAUGAAAAUAGUAAUAUCUAUGUUGAAGAUUCACCAUCUAAUAUAAUUAAAGAAAAUGAUUCGAUCAAAAGGAAAAAAUAUCAAUUGAAAAUGGACUGGAGAAUAGUACAUGUACAUGGUACAGGACUUAUCAAUCGAAAUAGUGGAAAAACAUGUCUUAAUAUUUGUUAUAUAAAUUCAAUUAUUCAAUGUCUUGCAAACACGGCACCAUUUGUUCAAUGGUUAUUAGAUAAUGAUAUUCAUGCUACAUGUGAAAUAACAGCUGAUAAUCAAUUUUGUUCUGUUUGUGAUCUUCGAUUAAUAAUUAUGAAUAUUCAUCCAACUAUUAUGAAUAAAUGUGUUUUAUUUUCUCAAUUAUCUCAAAGUUCAGCUGUUCAACUUGCUCGAAAAAUUCCACAAUUAUCUGUUAACUUUGUUGUUGGUCGUCAAGAAGAUCCAUCUGAAUUUAUAACGUUUCUUUUUGAUCACUUAAUGAAUUGUCUUUCAUCUGUUAACAUAUCCUUAUUUUCUACUUAUUUGUCAAAUCCACUUCAGUAUAUUUUUGGUAUCAAUUUGAAAUCAGAAAUCAAUUGUAUGAACUGUUCAAAUAAAACUAGUCAAGAAAAUUAUGAGGCAAUUUGGUCAAUUCCCAUUGUCUCUCAUAAUAAUCUUGAAGCAGCUCUAAUAGCAUUUUGUAAACCUCAACAAUUAGCAAAUGAAGAUUCUUUUGACUGUUUAAAAUGUAAAGCACAUGUAUCAGCAUCACAAUCAUUAAAACUUAAUCAAACAUCUCCAAUUAUCAUUAUUCAUUUAAAAAGAUUUAUCUAUGAUACACAAGCACAAACAAUUCGAAAAAUCAAAAAUUUUAUUUCAUAUCCGGAAUUACUUGAUAUUCAUCCAUAUAUUCAUAAAGAUAUGCUUCAAUUAGAUAAUGAAAAUUACAAGUUUACUGAUUUCAUUUAUCAGUUAUAUGCUGUAUUAGUGCAUCUUGGUGAAACAGCAAAUAAUGGUCAUAUAUUUUCAUAUGUUCAAGCACCUGAUACUCGUUGGUAUAAGGCAAAUGAUGAGUCAGUUACACCAGUUAAUCUUGAUUCAGUACUAACUGAAAACAAUUCAUAUAUGUUAUUUUAUACCAGAGUAACAGAAGAAAAUAUUAAUUUAUUACAAUCAACAGAUAUUGCAUCUAACACACGAUCAACAUCUCCUUUAGCUUCAUCCACACCUGUAAAUGCAAAUAGCUUAAUUCGUACAGAUAUGAAUGGUUAUUCACCAAUUUCAAAAAAUGUAAUGUGUAAUACUUUCGAUUCUAAUCAUGAGCUGAACCGACAAUUUUUAACAAAAAAAAAAUUAAUUUUCAAUACAUCGUCAUCAUCUUAUCAAAAAGAUUCUUCUUCUGUGCAAUCACCUGUUCAAGAAAAUUUAUCAUCGUUACGAGCUCAAUUAUUUCCACAAAGUAUUUCAGUACCAAUUGAACUGCAAACAGAAAGUCGAAUAGAAAUUAUACCAAAUACUAAUCGUACAAAGAACAUAAAUACACUUAAUACAUCACAUUCAUCUUCAUCAUUUUCGUCGUCUGAAUCAAUUCAAACACCUUAUGCGAAAAAGAGAAAUGCAUCAAUUAGAAAUGAUUCCAAUAGAUCAUCUUUUAACGCAACACGACUUUCAAAAAAUUCAAAUACAGAUAUUGUUACACAAUUGAAUAAUACUAGUAAAAACACUGAUGAUGAACGUGAUUUACAUGUAGAACUACCAACACAUUAUUCAUUUAAAUUACAACUAGUCGAUUUGGAAAAAUUAAAAUCUAUUCGUAUUACCAACAAUCAGAAGAAACAUGAUCGUUUGCUCGAAACAAUGGGUUUAUCUAUUCUAGCAUCUACGCAAUCGCAACGAAAAAAAAUUGUUUUACCAAAACAAUCUCAAGCCGCAAGUGAUGCUAUCGAAAUCUUUUCUAAAACAUCAGAUCUUUCAUCUGAUACAAGUGAAUAUGAAGAAAAAGAGUCAAGAGUGGAUAUGACAUAUUUUUAUUUACUAUUACCUUAUAUAGAACGUUUUAACAAAUAUUGCAGUUUAUGCGUGCGUAAUAAGACAUUUGGUACAACAGAGUAUGAUCGAAAUCAAUUAUUAAGAUGUCAACUUUAUUGUAAAGGACGUCCUACAUGUCCAUUUACAUGUUCGGUUAUUGUAUUUAAUAAUGGAACUGCCGAUAUACUUGUUCAUAAUGGAACAAUUCAUCAUCUACAUGGAAUAAAACUCUCACGUCCAAUGAGAAAACCCAUUCGAUCAUUAUUAAAGAAAAGAUUUACUCAAGGUGCUUCAGUGUAUCGAGUACAUAAAGAACGAUUACAAAAAAGAACACGUGAACAAAAGAUGGCAAAUAAUUAUGAUACUACUGGUAAAACACGAAAUAUAAUAGCAAAGAUUAAAUCUGAAGGUGUUAGUGAAUCGUUACUGGCACCAGAUGUUGAUCAAGCUAUAUCAAAAUUAUAUAAACGAUUUAAAGAUAAAGUAAAUCCGGAUGGAAAAAUAACAGGAGCAAUUCAACAAGUAUCUAAGUAUCCCUGUCAAAUUAUUGUAUACACUGAAUCAUCUAUUCGUCUUUUUGAUGCACUUAUGAAGCAGGAGAAUGUAGUUCUUUCAUGGGAUGCCACUGGUGGCAUAAUCCAGGAAAAAUUAAAUUCUCCUCGACUACUUUAUUACGAAUUAAGCAUAACUUUACCUGGGGUGGUUAAAGAAGACAGUAUUGUUCCUGUCACCUUCAUGAUUAGUGAUGCACAUGGUCUAGUAAAUAUAAUUGCAUGGAUUGAAUUAUUUAAAAAUGCUUAUAGUCAAAUCUUUGUUGAGAAGCCAUUUCCUAGACCACGCUUUAUUUUAAGCGAUCGUGCACAGGUUUUCUUAAUUGGAGCUUUACGUGUUUGGAAUAAUGAAACAUUAAAAGAUUAUUUGAAUCGUGCUUAUAGAAUAGUAACCGGUAAUAGCACAAAUUAUGAUAAUGAAUUAACAAAUAUACAUGCAUGUUUGGCACAUGUAUUGAAAGAUACUCGAAAAAAUAUCAACAAAUACAUAGAAAAAAAAUACCGAGAGCUCGCCAUGUGGUCAAUAGCACUACUCAUUAAUACCGGAACUUGGGUUGAGUUUCAAAACAAUUGGCGAUUAGUAUGUUACGUAUUUCUGCAGUUGCAUCUUGGUGAAGAAAAUUUAAAUCAAGAAUAUCAAGAUGCUUUACUACAGAAGAUCACUCAAAUUAAAACUGAUUCAAAUACUCUAGAUGCGAUGAAGUCUAGUGAUUCUAUUCAAGAUGUGAACACAAAAGAAUCAUCUGAUUUUGAUGAAUAUGAAUUUUGUAGUGAUGAUGAUGAAGAUUUUCAUGUCAUUGAAACACAUAAAGGUUCAUCAAAAUCAUCAAGAAAAAAGAGAAUCGUGAAUGAAGAAGAGGAAGCUAACACCACUGAAUCUCCUUUUAAAAUUGUUGUGAAUCAAAUAUUUCAAGAUGUACUUACUGAUACUGGUAUACACGUUGAAGAAGUAUUUGGUAUUUCCUCUCGUGGUAUUCUCCAAUGGUUCAAAUAUUUAACAAAGUUUUUUAUGCCAACGUUACCCAUAUGGUCCACACUUUUAUUAGGUGAUUUGACUCGCCAUCGGCGGCGUAUUAUUCAAUCUUUUGAACGUAUGCGUAAUACACAUCCUGAACAACAAACAACUGCCAUCAGCGAACGUAGAAUGGGGAUUUUGAAGAGAACACAGUUAGGCGGUCAUGUUUUUAUCAGGUUGGAUAUUGUUUUAUCAAUUAUUGUACCGGAUAUGAUAACUAUAAUCGACGAAUUUUCAAACUCACUCUAUGGUUUUUGUACAAAACCACACAAUGCUCUUGACAACAAUCAGCCUAUUACAAUAGAUGAUCAUCGUUUUAAACCCAUCGAAGAGCAAUGGAGAAAAACAAAAAACAAACGUGGUCGUGGUUACUAUUCUAAAGGUCCUGACGAGCCGAUAUUCACGAAUAUAAUUUCUUCUCUUUUGAUCGCAAGAGAUAAUGUUAAUAUGGAUCUUAAAUUACCUUCAUUGACGCCAGACUGGCUUAAUAUUGCUGUUGGUCUUAUUCUUUCAGCAGGAAUUACAACUAGUAUCCAUCGUUCUAAUCAAUUAUUAUCAUUAUCAGAAGCUUCUCCGUUAAUUGAUGCGAUUUUAACUUUUAUUGAUGAAUGGUUUCAAUCCUCAAAUAAUAAUAAUAAUGUUCGAUCAACAACAAUUAAUGUUUCGUCAACAUUAGAUGAAUUCGGUAAUCUUGCUGAAUGCUCUACAUUUAUACUGGAACAUAUUCUUACCCCUCUUCUGCCAUGCAAUUUAAUUGUCAACAAAGUUUAUACGUGUAAAGCUUGUGAAAUAGUUGUUAGAAGACGUAGUGUCGUCAAAUCAAUUCUAGUCAAUGUUUUACAAACUGGUUUGCAUCUUGAGCAUGAUCUUUAUAGAUUUUUUGCGCCAACUACGUCUGAUUUACUUUGUGUAUUAUGUAAUCAAGCAACUGUUCGUCAUAUUGAAGUGGUUGAAUGGCCACGAAUAUUAAUUAUCAAUAUCAAUGAUUUUUACAGGAAGGUUAAAUUCCGUAAACCACCUGGUGUUCUCUCACUUGAUCAAUUUUCAAGUUGGCGUGCUAUCGGAUGUCCUUCAUCAUGCAUACUAAUUUUUGAACGUGUUCAUGAUCAAAAUAAUCUGAAUUUUAUCUUUGCAAUAAUUAAAUGUGCAUCUGAUACAUUUUAUGUUUUAUCGGAUAAUAUUCCAUCUUGUUCAACUUUUCAAGAAGCAUGUUCUAUUAUCGAGAAAAAUCAUACAUUUCAUGAAUUAAAGAAAAUUCUUGUCACCACGAUAAAAACAUUUUUUUAUUGUCCACAUUGUAAUACAACUCCAGAUUCACUUCGAUCAUUAUCUAGUCAAAUAUUUAUUUUCAAUUCAUCUUCAAAUGAACAAUUGAUCUCUUAUCCCGUAGUAGCUAAUGUUGAUGAUACCGAGAAUGUGGCUAAUGUACAUUGUAGCCAUUGUAAUCAUAAAACUGAAAAUAUUGAAAUGCGGACAUUUGUUAAGCCACCUGCUCAAGUGCAAAAAGUUUUCAAUUCUUAUCUCGAAUUAAAUGAUAUUGAAAAUGUACAAUAUUAUUAUCCAGCAACUGCUGUGUUAAUAAUUAGCCGUUAUAGUGACAAUAUUGUUGUUGUUAAGAAAGAAGCCAAUACAUAUUUUCAAUAUACUGGUGAUACUUAUUCCGACCGAAUUUCUUUAUCAUAUAAUAAAUUAUGUGAUCACUUCGAUACAAGUGGUAAAAUACUGGUUUUUCAUCAACGUCAGAAAUGUCAAGUAGCCUGUUUAGCUCAAAGUCAAUGCACAGCGGCAACUUUUCAUCGAUCAACUUCUAGUUGUGAAAUAUUUGCUGAUAUGUUGAAUCAAAAUGGAAAUAUGUUGGCUGAUGUGGAUGCUACUAGUAUGAAUGUUGUUAUUGGAACACGAUUUCCACCAGGUGUACCUACAUGUCAUGUUGCUUGUUGCGCAGUUACUGCUCCUACUACUUGUACUCCUUGUAUUAAUGCUAAUAGUGGUAGUGCUGUUAGUGUUUGUUAUCAUUCUACUGUUUAUAGUGGUGGUACUGAUAGUGUUUAUAAUGUUUAUCCUGUUGCUGCUGCUUCUUCUUGUGCUUCUGAUGUUGCUAAUGGUUAUAUUGAUUAUGGUGUUAAUAGUGCCGCUUCUUUUGCUUAUGCUGGUUGUUAA